AUGUCCUGGACUCUGGAGAAUAGCAUCUUGUUGAACAUGACCUUCUAUUUUAGCAACGGUUCUUUCGGCCUGAAUAUUUACCAGGAACUUGAUACGGAUGCCAAGGGGCUGGAUCGGUUUGUGCAGACAACAGGAGACUAUCUGAUUUUUGUCGUCUCUACUCCGCUAUCCAUGUUCGGCUGCUUCGCGAACGUUGUUAACUUGACUGUUUUUCUCAAGCAGGGCAGAAACGACUGUGUCACCAUCUGCUUGUUUGCCUUAGGGUUUUCAGAUUUCCUUUGUUGCUUUACAGUGUUUUUAUUUAGCUCAUUGUACAUCAGCAACGUGAUGAAUUAUUUCUCCAUCAUUGAACCAGUUGCCCUUGAUGUGGUCUUGAGUUACAUCGCAGCUAUGUUUUACGACAUCUCGCAGGGUGUGACCGCCUUCAUCUCCCUUCAACGCUGCCUCUGUGUUGCCAUGCCGCUGAGGUUCAAGGACAUGUUUACCGUGAGGAGAUCUGUAGUCAUCAUGUUGUGGUUCUACGUGGCAACGACCUUGGCAUAUACGCCUCACUUCCGGACAUGCGGCAUCUCUGUGAGGCUGGAGGCAACCAGAAACAAUACGAUCCCGGCCCUGUGGGAGACGUCAGACCGAGCUGAAAGCAUCCUCUGGUUGAAUUACUUGCUUCACAUCGGCGUGGAUACCAUCUAUCAGCUCGUUGUGGUGGUUAGUGCUAUUGUGAUGAUCAGGGGGCUCCAGAAAUCGGCAAAGUUCCAGAGCACCAAGUCAACACUAGCAACGACAGACUUUGGAAGUGUACAUGACAACUGUCUCAAGCUGUCACAACAUACAACAAGCAAGAAUGAAAGUAAGAGCAGCAAACCUUGGCAGACCUCCAACAAAAACAGAAAUGUUGUGAAGACCAUCUUCGCCUUGUCGCUGCUCGCCAUUGUUUGCAACACGGAGCGGCUGGUUGUAGUCUACGGGCAGCGGUUCGUGCCAGGGCUAACGUUUGAUGGCGCCUACCAGAUCAUUUUCUUUCUCUCUGCUCGAGUGACGUUUCUCUUCAGCAUGAUUAACGCCUCUCUCAACGUGCUGGUCUAUUACUUCCUCAACCCAUCCUACAGGAAAACGUUCCAGGAACUGUUCUGUUGGCGAGAGCAAGAGGCAUCUUCAGCCUACAAGUAA